AUCAAGACGGUGCGAGCUCACAUCUGUUCACUAGCCAAGCGGCCCAAGCUCACAGCACAAAGCUGUAGGCUCGUCUAGACUCACACUCACACUCAGGCGAGCAGUCACAGCCUGCAGAACUAAAACACUGAAAGAAGAACUGACAGAAAGCUUUUCAAAAUGGCUUGUUUGUUUCGGGCGGUUGUGAUCUUGGCUUCUAUUUGUUGCACGACGUCACUGACGGUAAUGGAAAGACGAGACCAGUUCGUGGAAGCCACGAAUUACCUGAAAAAGUAUGGGUACUUGAGCAUUCCACUGGACCCUCAUGUAGAGCCCGAUCUGAGUUCAGCCACGGUCGAAGAAGCCCUCAGAGUCUUCCAGAGGAUAUCAAACCUUCACAUCACAGGGAGGAUAGACAGAGCCACCAUCGAAAGGAUGAGAGGACCUCGCUGUGGUGUUGAAGACCCUUUCAAUAAUAAGUCCAUGAGGUACCGACGAUUUGGAGGAGUGUGGCGCAAGAGGAGCCUGACGUACCGCAUUCACAGCUACACGCCGGACCUGGGUAAGGAGGGCACGCAGAGGGCCAUCCGCUCGGCCUUCAAGUACUGGAGUGACGUCACGCCGCUCAGCUUCAAGGAGGUGUCGUACGGACGCGCCGACCUCCGCAUCUCCUUCCACGACCAGUCCACCGUGGUCUGCAACUCCCCCUUCGACGGCAGAGGCGUAGUCCUUGCCCAUGCUGAGGCGCCACCCUCGGGCAUGAUCCACUUCGACCUGGACGAGCAGUGGACGGAGGGCAAGUACUCGGGCACCAACCUGCGCAUCGUGGCGGCCCACGAGAUUGGCCACGCCCUGGGCCUGGGCCACUCCCAGUACUCCACAGCCCUCAUGGCCCCGCACUACCGAGGGUACAACCCCAACUUCAGGCUGCACUCGGACGACGUCAGGGGCAUACAGUCCAUGUACGGUGCACGAGAAACAGACGACUCCAACUCUGUGGACAAGGCCCCACCUACGACUGCCCCCGCGCCCAUUGACACGCCAGACCCCUGCACUGCCAGGCUGGAUGCCAUCAUACUGGGUCCAUGGAGGAAGACCUUUGCCUUCAGUGGAGACUACUUCUGGACCGUGACGGACGCCGGAUAUCAGCAGCCAAUCAGAAUCAACCUGCUUUGGAAGUCAGUGCCGGGUCACAUCAACGCAGCUGUGCACUCUCCCCGCACCAACAAGACAUACUUCUUCAAAGGAAACAAAUUCUGGAGGUACACAGGGCUUCGACUGGACUACGGAUACCCCAAACAGCUGACUAAGCUGUCACCCAACAUCGAUGCUGCUCUGUAUCUGGAGAAAAACAAGAAGCUUGUUUUCAUUAAGGGUUCACAGUAUUGGCAAUGGGAUGAGAUCUCUUACACAGACAUGAGCGUCUAUCCCAAACCUCUCUCCAACCUCUUCACCGGGGUACCAAGCAACCCUGAUGCCGCGUUCACCUGGAAAAACAGCAAGAUCUACUUGUUCAAAGGGCAGAAAUACUGGCGCCUGAACAACCAGCUGAGGGUGGAGAGCGGCUACCCACUCAGCAUCAAGGAGAGGUGGAUGCAGUGCAACUAUUAGUCCACCAGGGGGCGCCAGAGACCUUUUGUUUCAAAGCAGCUGGAGUCACCAGCAGAUGAGCAGCACUAAGACUACAGUACCUGAAAGCCAUCGUGCUGACAUUGGGCUGAGAUGUUUGCUGACAAUUUGGGGGUAUGCAGUAGUGUGGACACUGCCCCUAUCUGAGGCUGGGUUUGUUUUGUUUUUUCCCAAGCCACCUAGUUUGACUUUUCAGUUCCUUUUUCCCCUUUGGCAAGAGACAUGUUCAAAGGUUGGAGAAAAAGUAGGAUAGGCGAGAAUCAUAGUUUCCUUUAUCACACAUUUCAUCAUUAACGUUAGUACUCUUUCAGUGAUUCAGACAAAUUCUUUUAUUAUCUGGAAGUGCUUGCAGGUUAACUGUUCACAGUGUGUUUCCAUUCCUUACUUCUUACUUUGACUGAGUGGCCUUCCUCUUACCAUUGAUUCUGCUUCUACACAUGUUGAUCAUGACAAAGAGUUGAUGUCAUGUCAUGGUCAUCUUUUUUUACAUUAUUCCAUACAAGCAGGACUUGUUACUGUUAAUGCAGUGUUAUCCCCUUUCCUUACCAUUUGUAAAUGUGUGAAAAGGCACAGCGGCGCAUCAACAUUUCAUAUUCGCUUGGAGCCCCAGCUGGACCUAGAGUCGCCUCGACCUCACACCUUGUGUGUGUUUAUGUGUGUGUGUGCACGCGUGUUUGUGUGGAUCUGUUUUGUAGCAUGGAUGUGUGUUUGUGUGUUCUUGUUCUUGAAACGUGUUGAUUGGAGGCCACAGUGAGAGCUCUUCUGAGUGCUCUCUGCAGUGGUGUCUGUGUGGUGCGCUGCCUGAUGAUGAUGACUCACGUCUUUAUGACUCUCAGAGUUGUAUAAAGUCGAAGUAAAAUUACUCUUAAAGGUGUAAUUACAACACUAGUGGAAUGGUAUUACAUGGU